UGUACAAGUUACGGUUGACUUGUACAGGUCUAGGUUUCACAAAUGGGUAUAAGAUUGAUGAAACGCAGAGAGAGAGAACCCAAUUACAAACUCAUUUAUACAUUAAAUGGGUAUUCCCCAGUGAACCCGCUCGGGACGGGGGCCUUUGGAAAAGUAUACAAAUGCGUUUCAGUGGAAACUAAAGAGACAGUAGCGCUGAAGUCUGUGAAGAAGUGGACUGGCGAAAAAGAGGUGGCCAUGCUGGAAAAACUUAGGACGCUUGACAAAGACAACAGCAACCUGAUCAAGUUUAACAAGCAUUUUGAGUUUGCUGGAUUCUUAACACUGGAAUUUGAGAUGCUGGACAUGGACCUUCACCAGUUUGUUAAGAGUUUCACCAGACCACUGCAACUGCCUGAGAUUCAAGCGAUCACCCAGCAGAUGCUGGUAGCUCUCGAUGCACUCAAGAGUGUCAGAGUGGUUCAUACAGACAUCAAGCCUGACAACAUAAUGCUCAUUAAUCACCAGCAGCUGCCCUUCAAGGUGAAACUUAUUGAUUUUGGUCUGGCCCAUACUAUUUCUGAAAUGCACACGGGCACCAAGCAUCAGGCCACUUUGUACCGAGCUCCUGAAGUUCUGCUGGGGCUUCCUCUGCAUGAAGGUUUAGACAUGUGGUCCUUGGGCUGUGUUGCAGCUUACCUGUACUUAGGCCAACACCUGUAUCCGUCACGAUGUGAGCAUGAAAGGAUGAGAGACACUGUGCAGAUCCACGGUCAGCCUGGCGAUCACCUGCUGAAUUCUGGAGUUCACACCAAACAUUAUUUUAGUAAAGAGGACGAGUGCCCUCGUCCUUUGUGGAAGAUUAAUCAAACGUGCAAAUGUCCCAAAGAACUUCCAAAAGAACGAAGAAAUGCAGCUUAUCAGCGUAAGUUCUUGUUUAACACGUUAGGCAGUCUCGAUGACAUAGUGAGGUCUUGCCCAGACCACACAGGGAAUGAAAAGGCCUUUGUAAACCUCCUCAAAGAGAUGAUGGAAGUAGAUGCAAGUGAGAGAAUCACUCCCUGCAAAGCCCUGGAGCAUCCUUUCAUUACCUCAGCUCGAAGUUCUAGUCAAACCUCCAGCAGCACUGCUAGGUCAUCGGUCAGUUUGGUUAAACCAGAGUGUGAGCAUGAGAAAGCACCAAUUAAAACAAAAACACCACUACUUAGGAAGAUAUGCACGUUCUUCAGGUUCAAGAAAACAGAAUGUUUGGGAUCCCUGGGUGCUGAUUUGAUAAAUCCAACGUGAUUGGCAAGCACACAACCAGCACACUACCUCUAACGGAGAACGUGUUUGCAGACACCAAUGCAACAUGGGGGAAGCUGAUCUAAUGGGGGCGGGGCUUUCAGGUGUAGCAUCUAAAAACACAUGGAAGAAGGGAGAUGUUUUCAACAGAGGCUCUUGAGGGUAGUACUUCUGUCCCAUCUGUUGUUAGCUUCCUAAGAGACCUGAGAGAUGGUGGACAGGAGUGAAGCCUGAACAUUGUUGAACAGGGUCGGUUUGACAACAUUGUUAUGAUUUGAUAUUUUCAUAGAAUACCCAGCCUCUUACCCACUCUGCUGCGCUCCCACUACCCUCAAAGGAUAAGAGUUUUUCCAAGGAGGAGAAGGAGGCCACAGUCAGCAAAACAAAGAAGCCUCUGACAGUGAAUGGUUGGCUUCAUUCCAUAUCAGGCAUGUGGAGGCGAUACAGUAUGAAGAAAGAGGCAGGCUGCAGACUGGCGAGGUCAGACCCCUGUCAACAA